AUGUACAAAAAGUUGUUUUGCUUUGUCCGUGUACGCAUGCGCAGACAGGUGUCAUACGUCACGUUCAUUCACGUUGCGCAAUCUUUGGUUGAGUUUUUGCUGCUUCAGCUGUCACUUUCCUUAAACCCCUUUCUUUCUCUUCUCUCUGUUGCAUGCUUCGGGAACAUGGGGUUCAUCACCGGAGUUAUUGCUUUCUUUUACCACUUACCUCAAAUGGACAUCAAUCUUGUCUAUAUUGAUGUCCACUGCGUUCCUCAUACUUAAGAAGUGUCCGGGACUUUGCGAAAACCUGAACACUGAACGGGAGGACCGGAACCCAUGCGACUUUGACUGGGUCAGUAUCAGGGUAGUGUUGCAGCGCUGUUGCGCUAAAUCUUCUGGGGUGUGUUGUUACUGUAAAUAUGUAUUUUACAAUACUUGUGGGGCCUGUCUUACAGAGAGAAGUGGAGAUUGUAACGGCACUGUUUAUUUCGUUCACUCGUCCUAACAUAGGGCGGCACACAAUUGGCCCAGCGUCGUCUGGGUUUGGCCGGUGUAGGCCGUCAUUGUAAAUAAGAAUUUGUUCUUAACUGACUUUUCUAGUUAAAUAAAGGUAAAAUAAAAAAAAUAAAAAAACCUUUUCUAUCCUUGAGUUUUAUUAUUGCUCUUGCUCUACUCCUCCCCGUUGUCUCCCUCCCCCCUCCCCCCUCUCUCUCUGUUUGUCUGUCAUGAACCCUAACCUUUCUCCCGUUCUCCAGUCACCAUAGAGCAGCAUGCAGGGAACCUGUUUAUGUUCAUUAAGGUGGCCAACGUCAUCCUCUUCUUCAGGCUGGACAUCAGACUGGGCAUCCUCUACUUCCUACUGUGUAUUGGUGAGCUGACAUACUGUCAUACUACCCUUAAUGUCACUGCUAUCAGUUAUUAUGCAUUAUAACUAGUGACCAGAGGAAGUUGUUGGACUCCUUGUUAAGACAAGACAAUGCAUACUUCAGGGUUUGAGUUGGACUUUGACUUUGUUAGUCGAAACCAACCAGUGUGUAUAUGCUCUGUGAGUGAUUUUGGCAGCAUGGGUUAGGAGUUAGGGUUAGUACCAAGUAUACUGAACAAAAAUAUAAACGCAACAAUUUCUAAGAUUUUACUGAGGUACAGUUCAUAUAAGGAAAUCAGUCAAUUGAAAUAAAUUAGGCCCAAAUCUAUGGAUUUCACAUGACUGGGCAGGGGUGCAGCUAUGGGUGGGCCUUGGAGGGCAUAGGCCCACCCACUGGGGAGCCAGGCCCAGCCAAUCAGAAUGAGUUUUACCCCACAAGGCCCACCCAUGGUUACACGUGAUCUGCGGUUGUGAGGCCGAUUGGACGUACUGCCAAAUUCUCUAAAACGACGUUGGAGGCAGCUUAUGGUAGAGAAAUUAAAGUUACAGUCUCUGGCAACAGCUCUGGUGGACAUUCCUGCAGUCAGCAUGCCAAUUGCACGCUCCCUCAAAACUUGAGACAUCUGUGGCAUUGUGUUGUGUGACAAAACUGCACAUUUUAAAGUGGCCUUUUGUUGUCCCCAGCACAAGGUGCACCUAUGUAAUGAUCAUGCUGUUUAAUCAGCUUCUUGAUAUGCCACGCCUGUCGGGUGGAUGGAUUAUAUUGGCAAAGGAGAAAUACUCACUAACAGCGAUGUAAACAAAUUUGUGCAAAACAUUUGAGAGAAAUACGCUUUUUGUGCGUAUGGAAAGUUUCAGGGAUUUUUUAUUUCAGUUCAUGAAACCAACACUUUACAUGUUGCAUUUAUAUUUUUGUUCAGUAUCUAUUCUGCAGUAUCAUAUACCAAGAAUGUUGCUGUUUCCUAUCCUAUCCCAGCAUUCGUCAUGACCUGCAAACCACCACUCUACAUGGGCCCAGAGUACAUCAAGUACUUCAGUGAAAAAACCAUAGACGUAAGUGUGGUGAUCCAAGCCUUGAGACAUGACAGCCAUGAGUGUGAAGAUUAGACACCAUACUGUAGACUGUUGAUCCUAGUUAGCUGACUGUCAUAACCAUAUUACUGACUGUAAGUGAGCAUUAGAUGUUAUUUAUUUACAACAGGCUAAGUGUUAGUAAUCCAUGUUCUACUGCUCUAGUAACCCUGCCUGCCAGGCUAAUGAUGGUACUUUUAGUAGCAAAAGACACCCACCUGGGAACCAGACUACUGUUCCAGUGAUCUAUUUAGGUAAUCUAAUGUAAUCUGGUCUAAUCCCAUUGGACAGGAAGAGCUGAAUCAUGAUACUCGCGUGACGUGGGUCGUUGAGUUCUAUGCUAACUGGGCUCCUGAGUGUCAGUCCUUCGCCCCAGUCUUUGUCGACCUCUCCCUCAAGUUAGUAUUCUCCCUCUCCAUUUUAUCUGUGUACAUUUACCCCCUCCUCUACUCUUAUCCCAGUGAAACACACGUCUCUAAUGUUGUUGUGUUAACUAAACAUGGCUGUCUCCUGUUCUCCUCCUUGGUUUUGCAGGUAUAACUGUACUGGACUGCGGUUUGGGAAGAUGGAAGCUGGCCAGUACGGAGAGGUGGCUCAGAGGUAAGACUUUCCCUCUUUGACAUUGGAAGUGUCUCUGACAAACUAUAUUUUCAUGAGAAUGCCACAUGACAUUUUUUAAUUUACAUUCAAAGACACUAGACUGCAUGUCAGUCUGUCUAAAUGGAAGACAAUAAGGAAUUGCUUAUUUCCAUAGCCUGAAUUUUUUCUGACGUGUGCUGACUGAAUAUGUAUUUUUCUACAGGUACAAGGUUAGCACCUUUCCUCUGGCCAAGCAGCUCCCCUCAUUGGUGCUUUUCCAGUCAGGGCGGGAGGUCAUGAGACGUCCAAUGGUGGACAAUAAGUGUCAAGCUGUGUCCUGGACUUUCAGCAAGGUGUGUGUUGUGGGGAAUCUUCGGUCUGUGUGGGGGCUUGUGUGUGUGUGACUUGAUGAAGUGUGUAAAUGGCUUUAGGUCCCCACUUACAUAACCGUGUGUCUCAUUCACGUCUAGGAAAACAUAAUCCGUGAAUUCAACCUGAACGAGCUCUUCGAGGCAUCUAAGAUAAAGAAGGGUCGUGGUGUGAAAGGAGAGGACCAGAACCCCUCACUACCAGAGGAGAGCAGCGAAGAGCCCCAACCUGAACCAGACACCACAGCAGAGAGCAAGAAAGACCAGUAG